CCCACUGUCUCUCUCUCUCUCUCUAUUUAUUUGCAGUUUCUCUCUCUCUUUUCUGUGUGUAGUACACACAGAAAACACAUACUUACAAGUGUGUGGGUUUUGGAUUGGAGUUUUUCUGAACGGUUUCAUCACAAGUUAGUGGCGGCUUUGAGGUAAGGGGUAUGAGGAGCGAUUUAGGGUUUGCUGGUGAAAUGUUUGUUCUUACUUAGUUGCUAUCAUGGGGAGAAAGAGGCGAACUGAUCUUCCUGGCUCUGGUGAGAGCUCUGAGUCUCAGGAGGCUGGUGGAGGACGUGGCGGCCCACAACGUCCACCGGCACAACAACAACCACAACCUCAGCAGCCACAGCAGCAAGGAGGAUAUCAAGGAGGAGGAAGAGGCUGGGCACCCCAACGUGGAGGCUAUGGUGGCCGUGGUGGUGGAGGCGGCAGAGGCGUUCAACAACAAUAUUAUGGUGGGACUCCUGAGCAUCAGCAAGGUCGGGGUGGCCAGCAAUAUCAGCGCGGAGGCCCCCCCCGCCGUGGUGGAUAUGGAGGUGGCCGUGGGGCACCUUCUGCUGGUGGGCCAUCUAGGCCACCAGCUCCCGAGCUGCACCAAGCUACCCAGUCUCUGUAUCAAGCUGCAACGACUCAGCCAUAUGGGAGACAGGUGGAGACCCCCGGAGGGGCUAGCUCUUCUUCCCAGGCACCUGAGCCAACAGAGUUGGAAGUGUCUGAGCAGAUCCAGCAACUUUCUAUCCAGUCAGAAGUGGCCCCGAGCCAAGAAAUGCAACCUGCUUCAAGCAAGUCGGUGAGAUUUCCUUUGAGGCCAGGCAAGGGUAGUUAUGGGACCAAGUGUAUUGUGAAGGCAAACCACUUUUUUGCUGAGCUGCCUGACAAAGACUUGCAUCAGUAUGAUGUUUCAAUUACUCCUGAAGUCACAUCCCGUGGAGUUAAUCGUGCUGUGAUGGAGCAGUUAGUGAAGCUAUAUAGGGAAUCCCAUCUGGGGAAGAGGCUUCCUGCCUAUGACGGUAGGAAAAGUCUCUACACUGCUGGGCCUCUACCUUUUGCGUCCAAAGAGUUUAAGAUCACCCUUAUAGAUGAAGAAGAUGGUCCAGGCAGUGCUAGGCGCGAGAGGGAAUUCAAGGUGGUUAUCAAGUUUGCUGCACGUGCUGACUUACAUCAUUUAGGCAUGUUUUUAGAGGGAAGACAAGCUGAUGCACCCCAAGAAGCUCUUCAGGUGUUGGACAUUGUUUUGCGUGAACUUCCCACCACUCGGUAUUGCCCAGUUGGCCGCUCUUUCUAUUCCCCUGAUUUGGGUAGAAGGCAGACUCUAGGUGAAGGGCUGGAAAGUUGGCGUGGUUUCUACCAGAGUAUUCGCCCCACUCAGAUGGGUUUGUCAUUGAAUAUUGAUAUGUCAUCCACUGCUUUCAUUGAGCCACUCCCGGUAAUUGACUUUGUCACCCAGCUUCUGAACAGGGAUGUGUCAGCUCGACCAUUAUCUGAUGCUGACCGCGUCAAGAUAAAGAAAGCUCUUCGAGGAGUAAAAGUGGAGGUUACUCAUCGAGGAAACAUGCGCAGGAAAUACCGCAUCUCUGGUUUGACGUCUCAAGCAACACGAGAGCUGACAUUUCCUGUGGAUGAAAGGGGCACAAUGAAAUCUGUGGUUGAAUACUUUCAAGAAACCUACGGAUUUGUUAUCCAACAUACCCAGUGGCCUUGUCUGCAAGUUGGAAAUACUCAAAGGCCAAACUAUUUGCCAAUGGAGGUGUGCAAGAUUGUAGAGGGCCAAAGGUACUCUAAGAGGUUAAAUGAGAGACAGAUUACUGCACUCCUUAAAGUGACGUGCCAGCGUCCCCAGGAAAGAGAAUAUGAUAUCCUUCAGACUGUACACCACAAUGCAUAUGCUGAAGAUCCAUAUGCAAAGGAGUUUGGAAUUAAAAUCAGUGAGAAGCUAGCACAGGUGGAAGCUCGUGUCCUGCCGGCACCAUGGCUCAAAUAUCAUGAUUCGGGGCGGGAGAAGGACUGCCUUCCACAAGUUGGGCAGUGGAAUAUGAUGAACAAGAGGAUGGUAAAUGGUGGUACAGUGAACAGUUGGAUCUGUAUUAACUUUGCCCGCAACGUACAAGACAGCGUGGCUCGCAGUUUCUGUCAUGAACUUGCUCAGAUGUGCAUUACGUCUGGCAUGGCCUUUAAUCCUGAACCUGUCUUGCCGGUUUUGAGUGGUCGCCCGGAUCAGGUAGAAAGAGUUCUAAAAGCUAGGUUUCAUGAUGUGAUGACAAAAUUGCAGCCUCACAGGAAGGAGCUUGACUUGCUAAUUGUUAUAUUACCAGAUAACAAUGGCUCUCUUUAUGGUGAUCUGAAGCGGAUAUGCGAAACGGAUCUUGGCAUUGUGUCCCAGUGCUGUCUGCAGAAGCAUGUCUACAGGAUGAGCAAGCAGUAUCUUGCUAAUGUUGCUCUGAAGAUUAAUGUGAAAGUUGGUGGGAGGAAUACGGUUCUGGUUGAUGCUCUAUCCAGACGUAUACCUCUCGUCAGUGAUCGGCCAACUAUCAUUUUUGGUGCUGACGUUACACAUCCCCAUCCUGGAGAGGAUUCUAGCCCAUCCAUUGCUGCUGUGGUUGCUUCCCAGGAUUGGCCGGAGGUCACAAAAUAUGCAGGCUUGGUUUGUGCUCAAGCUCAUCGACAGGAGCUCAUCCAGGAUUUGUAUAAAACCUGGCAGGAUCCUGUUAGGGGCACUAUGCAUGGUGGCAUGAUCAAGGAACUGCUUAUUUCAUUCCGUAGAGCAACUGGACAGAAACCACAGCGGAUUAUUUUCUAUAGGGAUGGUGUCAGUGAAGGUCAGUUCUAUCAAGUCUUGCUUUAUGAGCUAGAUGCUAUACGCAAGGCAUGUGCGUCCUUGGAGCCAAACUAUCAGCCCACAGUCACCUUUGUUGUGGUUCAGAAACGUCAUCAUACUCGAUUGUUUGCUAAUAACCAUCAUGACAGACAUGCAGUUGAUAGAAGUGGAAACAUUCUGCCUGGUACUGUUGUGGAUUCAAAGAUCUGCCACCCAACUGAGUUUGAUUUCUAUCUCUGCAGCCAUGCUGGGAUACAGGGGACUAGCCGCCCGGCUCAUUACCAUGUACUGUGGGAUGAAAACAAAUUUACUGCCGAUGCCCUCCAGAGUCUGACUAAUAACCUUUGCUACACAUACGCGAGGUGCACUCGUUCCGUAUCCAUUGUGCCUCCUGCAUACUAUGCCCAUCUGGCUGCCUUUCGUGCUCGUUUCUACAUGGAGCCGGAAACCUCUGACAGCGGCUCAAUGACGAGUAGUGCAGUUGCUGGUCGUGGUGCAGGUGCAGGUGCAAGGAGCACGAGGGUUCCAGGGGCCAAUGCUGCUGUGAGGCCACUUCCCCAGCUCCGGGAGAAUGUGAAGAGGGUAAUGUUCUACUGUUGAGGAUCGUCCCAGAGGUGGCCUCAAGCAUGGUGGAUUUGGUAGCUAAAUUAAAGGUUUGCUUGAAUUGUUCUUUUGUGCUGCCAAGGCACUGGUAACUUCAUUUGCUGCAUCUUUUGUGGACCUUAGGUGUGUAAUAAAUCAAGGGUUGAUACCAAACAUGCGUGCUGGUGGUAUUUUUCAUUACCUAUUCUCAGUUGACAAUGUUUUAUUAAUAUUAUGGUAUGGUUGGUUACUUUUA